CAUCGCAUUCCCUCUUUCUUCCCAACGCAAACGCUCUUGCCAAGCUCUUUCGUCCGCGCCACCUCCUCCCUUCGAACUUCAACUCAGCUUGCUCAAGCAAACCACUUCUUUCUUCACCACCACAUACUCAACAUGCGUCUCACUGUCUUUGUCCUCGCCAGCGCCGUCGCCUCCGCGUCUGCUAGCCGUCUCUUUCCUCGCCAGUCCUACCCGAGUUGUGCACUUCCCUGUUUAGCUUCUGCCGACUUUGCAGGCUGCGACUCCUCUGACUUGACCUGUCUCUGCAACUCUUCAACCUUCGUCGACUCCACCACCGAGUGUAUCGCCGGUGCUUGCUCGGGAGACGAUUUAACUCAAGCCGAUAAUGCUGCCGUGUCGGAAUGUGAAGCCGUCGGCGUAACCCUCACCUCUACCCCUGCCUCAUCCUCCACCGCCGCUGCAUCCUCGUCAGCGGCAGGUUCAGCGAGCGCCAGCACGACCUCUGGAUCCAGCUCCGCCUCCUCGACCUCGACCGCCGCCGCUUCCACUUCUUCUUCAUCGAGUGCGAGGAAUAACGCUGCCGUGAACGUUUUGGCGGGCGCUGCUGCCCUCGGGGUCGCUGUCUUGGCGCUCUGAAUCUGAAUGUGUUCAUAAGCACACACAUUACUAUCUAUUUGUCGAAUGAAGAGCGCACUUCGUUCGGCAUGGAACACAUACCCCUAUCCCAAUCAUCUACAAUUCGUCUUGUAUCGUUCAGUCUCGCUCUCACAUCCCUCGCUGUCUGUGAUUAUACACCCCUACACAUUUCUACCUUCUCUUUCGAUUCUCGUUCUUCGGCCUGCGCGGUCGUAUUCUUAUCCUGUUGGGUUUCGGAGUUGCAAGUGGCAUUUGGUGGCUUCGGAAUGUUUAGAUGGUUAGUUAGCGUGAUGGGUGGAUGGAUGUGGAAAAGGUGAUCGACGUCGCGUGCUUUGAUGCGCCACAGGGAUGCUGUUCUCCCGUGGCGUUGAUGAGAGGAACGAGGGCCCGGUCUAGCGAGGGGCUGACGGGGGUGAUGUAUUCAGGAGGGGAAUGUCGCUGCGAUACCUCUCAGGGUGUUAAACUUUAUUACCUACAUACUAUCUUUUCUGGCUUCGAGGACUCCUAACUUCGUUGUGUAUACUUCGUUCUUUAUUCUUCGGCCUUCGUCUACCUACUCAUUUGGCUCUGUUCUAUAGGAUUUGAGCUAGCCAGCUCGUGCGUACAUCUACUCUUCAACCUCUGGUG